AUGUCGAUAUCACCGAUCUUCCUUCUCAUAAUCGCCGCCACAGUUCUCAGUCCAGUCAAAGCAACGAACACCAGGAAGCUCAUCUCCACCGACACAGCAUCUAGCGGAGCAGAGGAUAACCAGAUCAAGUGCGGUGGCUGUCCUUGCAACCAGCCUUGCUACACUGCUGCACCACCACCACCACCGCCGCCCAAGAAGCCAUCUCCAACUCCUGGCUUCAACUGCCCUCCACCGCCCUCAUACAUUUACAUAACUGGCCCACCGGGGAAUCUGUAUCCCGUCGACCCUUACUCCCACUCAUCGGCCAACCGCCGUGUCUGGGUGGCUCCUCCGCUUCUUGUUCUCGUUGGAUUACUGGGUAUGCUUGCUUUUUAG